AUAAAAAUUAAAAAAAAAAAAACAUUCAUUAUUAGAUCAAAGUAAAGUAAGUAACUUUUAAUACAAAUAUCACAAUGCAGUCUCUACAAUUAAUAUGUUUUUCAAAACUUUCAAGAUUCUUAUCAAAUACUCAUUCGUCUAGAACUGUACAUUUUAAUUCUCAUGAUAUAUUUUCCAAAGAAAAUUCUUUAAAAUCAGUGAAAUGUUUCAAGUCUUUAUGUCCUAAGCUGAACACUGAUGGUAAACGUCAAGCCGCUGUUCUUAUUCCACUAUGUAUUGUUAAAGAUGAAAUAUCAUUAUUGUAUACAUUAAGGACUAAUAAUUUAAAAAGAAAUAGUGGCCAAGUAUCUUUCCCAGGUGGAAUGCGCGAAGCAGACGAACAAUUACAAGAUACAGCAUACAGAGAAUCUUGUGAAGAACUAGGAAUAAGUAAAACUAGUAUUGAUAUUUGGGGAAGUGGUAGAUUUAUUGUCUCUAAAGAUAUAGCAAUUAUGCCAUUUUUAGGAAAUAUUGGUGUUAUAGAACCAGUUAAUUUAAAAAUUUGCAGUGAAGAAGUACAAUAUGCAUUUGCUGUUCCCCUUAAGCAUUUUUGCAAACCAGAUAAUUGUAAACACACAUACUUUAGACAACAGUCAAACAGAAUAAUGAUGAUACCAGUAUACCCAAAUGACUAUAAAAGAAUAUGGGGUAUGACUGCUUACUUGACUUGGAUGGUAUUAAGAUCCAUUAUACCAGAAAAUUUUAAUCAAGAACUUAAUUCAUCAUUAAAUGUAAGAAAUUAAAAAGUAAAAUAAAUGUAUUAUCUAUU